UUUACAUGGACGAUCACCGAAAUUCAACGCCUAACGCCAUUGGCCUCUGUCUCCUCCCACAAGAACUCAUCCAAAACAUUUUUCUCUCUCUUUUGUUGCCCGAGAUCGUUCGGUUGAAACUGGUCAACAAGUCCUUCUCUCGCAUAAUCUCUGACCAUAGCUUUGUUCGACAGUGCAACUCUUUAUCCAGUUCCACCACGUGGCUCUUUGUCUACAAGAAGCGCUGGCUCCGCGACGCCGUUCUCCACGCCUUCACCAAUCGGAGCUCCGAUCGAUGGUUCCGGAUCCCCAUUUUGGAGCUCCUUAAACCCGUCCAGUUUCAUGGUGAGGAUCUCUACUUCCUCGCCUCCUCCGCUAACGUCUUCCUCUUCGCCUCCAAUACCGUUCGCGAGGUCAUCGCCGUUAACUUAGUCCCCGUAACAGUUAAGAAGAUCCCCCCUUCCCCGCUUGGUCCACGUGGCACCUCUUCAUGGAGGAGAUCCGGAAUGAAGCUCGUAACCGAUCUUUCCGGGUCGGGUCGUUUCCGUUUCAUGUUCGCGGAGUUCGUGGGGAACCGCCCCGUUUUGUUUGUCUACAGCUCCGAGACUGAUACGUGGAAGUCAACGGAGGCUAAAGAAGAUAUAACCAAUGGGUUGUUGCCACGUGGACGGGGACAUGUUUUUCUCAACGUGGUUCACGGACCAAGAGAGAGCGUUCUGGUUGCGUCAACACCCGAGUGUGAUGCACCGGUGGUUCUACGGCCGAGAUUUGAUGAUGUGAGGGGUAGUGAGAGUGAUGAUGGGGGAUUAACCGUUGGAUUCAGCUGGGGGAACGUGAUUGAUCGGCUACACGUGUACGGUGAUGGGUACAUGAUGAUUGUGAAAUCGGAGGGUGCGAGGAACGUGAGGGUGUUGAAGGGUGUGGAAUUAUGGGGUUUGAGCUUGGAAGGAAGGAACUGGGAGUUUGUUUCAACGGUUGAUGGUGAACUGAUGAAGAAAAUUGAGAAGCCUUAUGGGGUAAUGAUGGGAUGCUUAGAGGAGAAAAAUGGGAUCAUUAGGGCUGCUUUGGUAUCUAAUUGUGAGGGCUUUUGGGACAUGAUAUGGCUAUCAUUUGAUACCAAAUGGAACCACUGGACAUGGAUAUCAUUGCCUGAUUGCAAAAUGAAAGGUUGGAACAUGGCUGGUAUAAGCUUCUCCUCUGGGCUAACCAUGCCAUGACC